AUGAAGGAGGAAUGUGUGACUGCUUUGGUCACAACGGCGCUUGAAAUGGAUGCUCAUCCGCUCAAAAUUCUUUUGCAGCUUCAGUUAGCCUCCGAUUCCUCUGCAGUUCUGCAUCUACCACACACUCUCGCAUCACUCACUGCAGAAACCCUUCUCCCAUCCGCUCAUACAUCAAAAUGGACAGCUCGAAUCAACUCUCUGCUCCAUGCCAAAACUUCAGACGCUCGUUGGGCUGGUCUCUGUUUGGCACACAAGUCUUCCCUUCUCUCUCAAGCAAUGAUGAUAGAGUGUGCGCAAGGCUGGAUAGGCAUCGCACUACCUCUUCUUGCAAAAAAAGAGGCUACCCCCGUUUUGAGUGCAGCAAUACACCUUCUUGGGCUCAUAUUUAGCUCUGCCACAAAUAUGCAUGAGUUUCAAAGACAAGUAUCGACCCCGAACGUGCUCAAGUUCACCACUGCCCUGAUUUCUUUGGGAGAGUCUCAUCCUGACACGGAGCUGCGCAUCUUGAUUCUCGCGACUUUGACGCGUCUCCUACCCAUCUACCCAACCCUUCAUCGCGCCAAUCAGACCGCGUUAUCUUCCUUAUGUUUCGUGUUUCUCAAUGGAAACGCUUUCAAACCGCCCCACGACAACCUUGUUAAUGCUGCAUCUGAACUAUACGCGACCCUUCACUUGACUGGCGGUAAGGUCGGCGCCGUAAAUCUGUGGAGAAAAUCUGUCGACGAUGCACUGUCAUUUGGGUGGACGGCGUUAUCGUCUCUGCGGACUACGUUCCUGGUGGAUGGUGAUUUUCAUUUUUCCUAUCUUAACUUCGCGCCAAAACUACGUUCAGGUCGUCUACCACAGCCCCCACCAGGUGCCUCCGAACCAUUGACUUGGAUACCUUUGAAUCUGGACCGACUCAGAUGUACUAUUGUCGUUCUCCAGAAACUUUUCCUAGCCGCUGCUCAGCGUCCGGUGCAAGUCCCAUUAGGAGCAUUGGUCAAAUUUGCUUCUGCACUUGUAGCCUGUCACGAGCAAGAUUUGGGCUCUGGGAUGCCAGCUCGUGUCCACUUUCUUCCGCAUCUCACCUGUCAUAUUCCCCGAUUACUCACAUCAAUCUCAUUCCAACUUGAACAAACGCACAUCUCUUCUGAGCGCCUCCCAUUCCUCGAGGUCGUCCAAGUGUUGCUUUCGGAUGAGCGUACGUUACACUCUACUUUGAUUGCCAAUCGUCUGGCCAAGAUUGUCCUCCCUCUGGCGAGAGUGGUUCUUGCACGAGAAGGCGAUACUCGGACUACAGACAGUGAAGUCGGGCAGAGUAAGAAAGGCAAGAAGCGCGCAAGGGAGUUCGAAGGCGACGAGAUCCUCAGGUUUUCGCGUGACGUUAUUUGCCCGACAGCACUGGAUGACGGAGUACUUCUGGCAGCAUUUUCUGUCAUACGACUCCUGCUUCGCACCACAAGCCUGUCCCCUGCAUUACAGUCCAUCGCUUGUCGAGUAGCUUUAUCAGCCCUCCUUUCUCUUCCACAAAUGACACCAGCAUCACUUUCAAAUGAUCCUCAAUUGCAUUGCGUUCUUCUCGACAUGAUCCAACGUAUAUGUGUGGAAUUUGCAGUCGCGUCUGUUGAAGGGAUGAGCAAAAGUUUCGGAUUGAUAGUCGGCGCCUGUUUGGCUGGGGGAACACUCAGCAGCGAACUCGAAAUUUUGCUGCAUCCUCGCUUGCCCCCAUUAAUGCGAAGUAUGCCCGGUAUCGAGGCACUCUCCUUGUCGCGUGCGGAGGAAAGCCAGGAGGAGUCUGAUCUGCUCCAGUCACUAAAAUUGGUGUCCCCAAACACCCCCACUGUCGAGAUUCCAACCUCUUCUGGGGAUCCCAUUGUCGAAGCCCCGGCGAUGAAUAGCGUUCCCCGAGAACCCCCAGCAGUCCAAAUACCGACAAUCCCUGCUCCAUCUUUUAGACCGCCUACAGCUAUCCAGGCACCGGCACAACCCUCGACAUCGUCUAUACUCCGAACACAGGAAACCCCACCAUUGACCAUGCCGCGUGCCAUCGAAACCAGGAUCGAAGCGCCGAUGGAAGUUGAGCAAGACAAUGACAGGAACGAGGAAAUGCCAGCGAUUGAUCUUGACUCAGACUCUGAGGAAGAGUAG